ACGUCCUAAAUGUCAACUAGGUAUUUAUCUAUUUUCGGUCCGCUAGGUUUAUUAUUGUUUCGCUGCUCCCACCUCGGUAUAGUUUCUCGUUUAACGUAAUGUUCCUCCAUCAACGCGUUCAAACCCUAAAACAAAUUUCCCGAUACGUACGUAACAUUAUUGAUAAGUCAUCAACGAAAUUACCACAAACUACCUCAGCUGUCGUGAAAGCAUCCAACCAACGAUUUCUUCCGACCUCCGUAUCAUGCACCGGCUGCAGGCGAAACUAUUCCACUGACAGUAAAGAUGAAAUACCCCCGAGGAAACCACGCAGUCUACCGAUGCUGAUGGACUUUCCGGAACUAAUAUGGCCAUCGAUGAUAAAGUCAAUCAAGAACUGGAUCAUGGUUCAGUUCAUUAUAAGACCCUACUUUGAUCGGGAGUUCAAUCUGCCGGAUUUCAUCAAAGGUGCCAAACAGGCACUGCAGGUGGUGUCGGCUGCGUUGUCCGGUGGAGAACUAAAAAAUCUAGAAGGCUUGGUGGAUCGACGAACCUUGCAAGAUUUAAAGGAAUCUAUGGGAAAGAUGUCCGUUGCGCAGCGUUAUGAUUUAAUGGUUGACAAAAAGGACAUAUACUUCUCGUUCCCAUAUCAGGUAGGCGUGAUGUUUGACGAAGAAGAUGAGCAGAGUCAGAAGCGGUUUGUAGAAAUUACGAUGGUUUUUCACGUUCUCAAGGGAUUGAAAGGAAUGGUCGAGAGAGGCGAUCCUAUUCCAUUGAAUAUUGGUGUGAUGCCUGAGUUCCGAGACAAGAUAAGCAUCUGUAACUAUCGAUUCAUAAAAGAAUUCACGAAAGGUGUCGAUUCGGACUGGACGGUGAAUGUAGUGAAUCACUUCAAACCGAGUGACCUCGUGGACGAAUAACCGAUCUACCGUUGAUGGAGUAACAUGAUUAUUAGUGUAAACUUGUAUAUUGUGCGAAUAAAAAUCGCGCAAAAAUAGGUUUGAAUUUAAUAUUUUAAAGAACAUAAUGUUAAUCAACCUCAUGCCAUAAUACGAUAUAUUUCAGAACUGAUUUGGGGGUGGAGACGUUUUAAUUGAAAUGCUGUCUCGAUCAACAUUUUUACCGAGACAGAUUUUCCAUGUUAACCCUUAAAUGCAUACUGUUGCCAUUUAGUAGCAUACCGAAUUUUGUGACAAAAAAUCUCAACGAGAGGCAUAUAUCUGGCACAACCCGAGUACCAAGGGCAAACAAAUUCGUGCAUUUAUGCGUUAAAUAUUAGUUUCACAAAUUAGCAAAAUAUAAAUUAAAAAAUCCGUGAAUCAAAGCAGGAAUGAAAUUCCUAGAACGUUGAACUCAGAAAGUGGACUACAAGACUUUUAUAACCGAGAGAUCCAAAAAUCAGGAAACUCGAAAUUGUUCGAGGAACUUCAACAUUCAAAUCUAAUAAAAUAAAUGAUCCAAUACACGGUGCUCCACAUUCAAUGCUCAUUAAA